CGCCUGCGCAGUGGGGAGCAGUUCGUGGCUAGGUUCUGGGCUGGCUGCAGUCUCGGUCUGACGGCGGCCGGAGCGGCUGUCUCGAGUAAGAUGAGGCUUCUGCUGCUUCUCCUGGUGGCGGCGUCGGCGGUGGUCCGCAGCGAGGCCUCUGCCAACCUGGGCGGCAUGCCCAGCAAGAGAUUAAAGAUGCAGUACGCCACGGGGCCGCUGCUCAAGUUCCAGAUUUGUGUAUCCUGAGGGUACAGGCGGGUGUUUGAGGAGUACAUGCGGGUUAUUAGCCAGCGGUAUCCAGACAUCCGCAUUGAAGGAGAGAAUUACCUCCCUCAACCAAUUUAUAGACAUAUAGCGUCUUUCCUGUCAAUCUUCAAACUAGUAUUAAUAGGCUUAAUAAUUGUUGGCAAGGAUCCUUUUGCUUUUUUCGGCAUGCAAGCUCCUAGCAUCUGGCAGUGGGGCCAAGAAAAUAAGGUUUAUGCAUGUAUGAUGGUUUUCUUCUUGAGCAACAUGAUUGAGAACCAGUGUAUGUCAACAGGUGCAUUUGAGAUAACGUUAAAUGAUGUGCCGGUAUGGUCUAAGCUGGAAUCUGGUCAUCUUCCAUCCAUGCAACAACUUGUUCAAAUUCUUGACAAUGAAAUGAAACUCAAUGUGCAUAUGGAUUCAAUCCCACAUCAUCGAUCAUAGCCCUACCUAUCAGCACUGAAAACUAUUUUACACUAAGGGAUUUUGCAAGAGCAGCGUGACUGACAUUAUGAAGGCCUGUACUGAAGACAGCAAGCUGUUAGUACAGACCAGAUGUUUCUUGGCAGGCUCGUUGUAACUCUUGGAAAACCUCAGUGCAAGACAGUUUUUCCAUUGCUGGCACAUGCUGAAUUCUGCACAUCCCUGGAGUGCAAUGAUACUGUGUAGCUUCCCCCGAGCCCACUGUUAAUAGUUUCUUCUUCUUAAUGUGGCAUUACUACUUGUAACUCUUUUCUUGGUCAUAUUUGAGAAAAUACAGAAUUGAGUUACAACUUGAGUUUAUUUCAAGAUGUGUGUUAAGCUUGUUUGUUUUUAUAUGAAUUUUCUUUUUCUUUACUUUCUUUCUUUUUUUUUUUUUUUAUAGUUUAACGUCAGUUUUCUUGGGGAAACACCUGAAGUUCCCAAAUAAUUUAUAAAAGUUUAUCAGAUAGCUCUAAUUCGGUCAUGCUUAAUAUAUAGUUUUCAAAAUACUGCAGAUUGUGAACAAUAAAUUAUACAGGAUUGUGGGGGGAAAUCCAAUAUCCAGAGUACUCUACUGUGUGUGUGUGUGUGUGUGUGUGUGUGUGUGUGUGUGUGUGUGUGUGUGUGUACAUGCGUGUGCGCUCAAGUGUGCGUGUGCUUGUGUGUGUGUGUUUAUCAGGAACAACAAAACCAACUGCUUUUAAAAUCCUAUUGUGUAGUUCAAAUGUCUUGCCUUGACGAAUCUAAUGAAUUGAUUAAUGGGCCUUUAUACUAAUAAAAAACUGAGCAUAUGUAAGGUAAAUGAAAGUUUAUUGCUCAGUGUACCUGUUAGCAUUAUUUUUAAUAACCAUCUGCCUAAUGUUUUGUUUUUGACUUACAGAUAAUCUCGUAAAGGACAUACUUUAGAUUCACACAAAUGAGCUAAUUUACUGUUUUUAGAACAGUUUAAACUCACCUCACUAAAGAAAAAGUCAGUGAAACCUCUUUACAAAGUAUGUAUUAUGUAAACAGAGAUCACUUGUCUAGUAAUUGAAUUAUCUUAACAUCAUAUAUCAGAAUUUUAUUGUAUUUGAAAGACAAAAUUAAAAAUAUUUUUAAUGUUUUCAUAUUGUUCCAGAGUUCUAAAAAGAAACUUAGGGUUGAUAAAGAUAAUAGGAAUGAUUUAGCAGAAAUAGAAACAUAAUGUUGAAUAGCAGCUACAUAGCAGCCAUGGUAACAGACAGGGGUGAAGUGGAAGAGCCAAAUGUAACCCUGGAUUUGUGAGUGAAGUUAUAGAGCUAAUGGAAGGAUGUUGGUGCCACCUAACUCUUAGAUGCUAAGAGCAGCUUGACUACUGGACAUACCUUGAGGCAUUCAGGCAGUGCCUCUUCAUGUGACAGCUUGAAGUGGAGUCUACUGUGAUCUUCAGAUGACAGCAAGAUAGUCUAGUGCUGAACUGAAGAAAAGGGAUGCAAUGUUACCCUCUGAUUAGGAUUAUAGCACUGCUAGCCCAGGUGCUUCUGGUGAUAGACAUUGUCAUUUAAACUCAAGUUCCUUAGAGGUUAUUAUUUAUGUGUAAAUAUAUAUAUUUUUGACUAGGUCUUAAAACCUUGUUAAUAUGGUUGCCUACUCCAGACUCCAUAUCUUGUAAAAGUUUAGCAUCAGAGGGGCCUUUCUUCAAGUAAUGGACGUUCCAUUUAUGACACAGUUAGCUCUAUGGCACAUAGACAUUCAGAAUCUAGGCCAUGGAUGUUCAUGUGUACAUGACAGGUCAAACUGUGAGGAACUUAAAGUCAGAUCCAACUUUUUCCUUGUUUGCCUUAGAUCGAGUCUGUCUCCUAGUUCAUAGCUUUAACUCUCUGAAACAUCUAGUAAAACUUAGCUGUUUUAUCCAUAUCUCUGUUUUAUUUUAUGCUUAGUCAUAUUUAAAUCCAGAAUUUAAUAGUCUACUCAACAAAUAAAUGAGAUGCAUGAAUAUAAAAAUUAUAAGGAAAAGGAGAAAGUAAACUAUAACGUUAUUAUAUUACUAACAAUUCAAAAUGCAUUAGUUCCUUAUAAAUUGGUGUAGCUGUAUAGUUAGAAAACGUCUGUGCUCUGUAAAUCGGGAGACUGGACUUGUCAACAGGCUGGCUUUACUGCUGUUUUCAGCACAGUUGCCAUUGUGGCAGGUUUUUGCAUUAAUUGGAAAGUUGGUAAAACAUGGCUCUAAGCCUCCGUGUGUCAGAUGCACAGAACACAUGCUUUCUGCAUGGGAGUGGUGUUGGGGACGGCACUAGCACUGGGUGACAGUUGCUUCAGCCUGAACAGCUGCGAGAUGUGGUGAGACCCGGUGAUGGUUCAUUCUUACUUUAAAGGUUUUUUAGUUUGGAAUUUUGAUUGACUGGCACAUUCUAUCAUUGUCAUAACUUAAAAUAAUUCAGUUAGAGUUUUUUUAAACAUGAUUUGAUAUUCUAGGGCUUUUCUUUUUUAAAAAAAAAUGAGAAGCAAGUAAGGAAUUGUAAAGAUUUGGGACUUCUUUGUGGCAUUGUGAAAAUAAAUAAGCCAACGUGAAAGGAA